AUGGAACAACACUCGGAAUCCAUCGCUCACAAGCACUUCCGUCGCCUGGCCUCCUUCUCCACAGCUGCCCAACUCAACAUGGACUACAACUCUAAUCUACCGCCUUGGGCUACACUUAACUCCACAGUAGCCUCCAUUACCGGAACCGUUUCGAUUCCUGUGCUCAACUCAUCCACGGUCACUGCAACAGUGUUCAGCAGUUCCCUGGUUGCUUCAUUCCCUUGGAACAAUGCGACCUUCUCCCAUCCGCUAACUGGUACCUUGACCGUGUCUCUCAUCACCGUAAACACCACUGUAAGGCCGCCAUCGAGUACCAACAGCACGGUUCUGCCGACAACUGAAAUCGGUACUUCGUCCCUGACGUCCACCGGACCUCCCCUGACCCUGGUGCCACCCUUACCUACUGGUAAUUCGACCCUGAUAUCUGGUCCUACAUGGGUCAGAACUUCAAGUAUACUCCUCUCCACUGGUGUCACGACAGUUAGCACUGAUAUGACCGUCACAUCAACCGACUCGCCUCCUUUACCAACCGCGAACUCGACGUCGUCUCUUGUAGCAACACGCCCUGCGACUGUCACCGUUUCCGGUAGCGUCAUCACCCUGAUCUCGACACUGACAGGUGUGCCCGCCACGUUGACUGGCAGCGUCACUGGUACGCCUAUUUCGCCGACGUUACCGCCCUACCCAACUACGAACUCCACCGUGUUAUCUGGUCCAACAGCAGGUGGCACCGAGCAGCGUCGCCGAGAUCGUGACAAGUGUGUCCUCUUCGGGCAUCUCGGGGUCGGCGUCGAGCUCUCCCUUCUCAUCGCCUCCUUUCCUCAAUUCGACCCCCAUCUCCGGCGCAGUGUCGACAACUCAUCUAACCUGGAGCAUAUCAGGAACCGCAUUUUCUUCUUUGUCUAUACUGCCUGUACCUACGCCUCCACCUUCGAACUCAUCUGUGGCUGCUCAGCCCUCUUCUGUUACCACACUAUUGUCCACUUCCUUGAGAACUUCUAUUUCUACGGCCAUAUUUUCCUCAUCCAGCAACAGUUCGCGCACAUCGCCAUUUGCGUCGAUCACCUCACCAACGGCACUGUCACUCAAGUUGUCACUCGAAGUGUUCUUGUCACCACUGCCACCGCAAGCGCCAAUCCCACAGUGGCUUACCCCCCAUUGUCUACAAACACUACAGUUGCAUUGUCCAGAACUUUGUGCACAUCAAAGUGGCAGAACCUCACUUCGACUACCUCGGCAGCUGGGUUCAAAAGCACGUGGACCUCUCUGGUCUUAACCAACCGAACAUCUUCCUCUCUUGACCGUGCCACCACUUUCAUCACAUCGACGACGACGCGGUCGGGUGACCCUGGCGGAGGGGACGACGGGUUUCCGUCCGAGAGCACCUUUGUCUUCGGCACGCCCACCACCACCAUCACCGACGCCCCGCUGCCUUCCAACACGGCCUACCCCUGGGGAGGCCUUGGCCCAAUCUUCCGCCCGCACGAGAAGGCUGAGCCAAAGACAGGAGGCGCGUAUCUCCCGAAGCUCAAAGACGGGAAGGCCCAUGCAGCCUAA